CAACAUACGAUCGCAGUGUUUCCUUUGGAAGAAACCAAGCCAUGGAUACCAGAAUGUCCAACUCUCCGUCACCGCCUCCACAAGCACCGAUUGCAAGCGCUCCAGGCGCACGAGCGGCGGCCCUUCAUAAAGUCUUUCGCGGCGCGUUGUCGUCUUCAAUUCGGGCAAACUCAUAUGACAACUUCAGCUCGUGUUUUCCCACGCCUGCAAAAUACUGUCCUACGGCACUGGAGGGAGUGUGGAAACAAUUAAAUACACGGCUGGAGGAAGAAUGUAUGAGAGAUUUUGAGAAGAUUUUAGAGGAACGAUCGGUGGUUGAGGGUCUGAAUCAAUGGGAUGGGAUGAUUGAGGAGGCACGACGGGCGAAGAAUAGAGCGGUGGAGGGCGAGGAGCCCCCGGUACCACUGCACAAAUUGAGCGCCGAGGAACUGUAUACUGCCCAUCUCACACCAUUCAUCCAGCAAGCAAGCGAGGAACUGAAUACGAAGCUGCAACAGACGCAACAAGAUAAUGCAAACAAGAUGAACGAAAUCAGUGAACAGCGAGCGGAGAUUGCACGUCUGUUGGCGACACUACAAGGCGCAGUCAAAGAGGUUGAAGCAGGAGUGCAGGCAACCAUGCAAGCUGACGGUGGAGGCUUUGAUGGUAAUAGUCUCAGGACUGAGGUAUGGGAUAUGGAACAAGAAAUUACGGCCACGCGACAAUGACCGAGUGUAUACGAGGAUGAGAGAUGAAUAUCAUGUUAGCAUGGCGUUGGUCGUGAUGCUGGAGGCGCUGAUGGACUAUACAUCCGAAGUCAGGAUAUGGCCGAUAUGAAUUUCCGGGCGUUGGCACACAAAAUAACGGUUUGAAAUAUUUGCUUUUGGUGGUUGAAUUUGUGUAGAUGAGGAAAGCUACGCCAAUUGAAGAAUAUGAUGGACGUUGCUUGGCCGC